AGCUUCCUCGCAGUUAGCUCGGCCUUAGAUCUCAUUGUUGGCUUUUGCUUCAGCAUGGCUCUCCCAAUGAAGUCUGCAAUGAAGGCUAUGAAAGCCAUGAAGGCCAUGAAGGCCAUGAAAGCGAAGACAUCGAUGAAAACCCGCGCUAUGAAGAAGAAGGCAGUGAGCAAGAUUGCUCGAGGCAAGCUGGCCAAAGUUGUCGUUUUCAAAGGCAACAAAGAGAAGACUGCAUCUGGGCACAAAAAGGCAGAUCUAAUGCUGAACAAGAGAAACAAGACUGUGACCAAGAAGCAGAAUGCUGCCGGCAAGAAGGCCUACAAGAACAUCUCUGCCUGGACCACCGCAGUGACACAGGCCAGGAAGGAGCUGGGCAUCAAAGGUUUCUGUUUGGUGAACGGAAAGACCGCACAAGGCAAGGCACUCUAUGCCAGAGCCAAGGCCAAUUACGCAGCCUAAAGUCCCCCGCUUUGAGACACGGGCAGUUUCCGCUUUCGUGGUAGUUCACGGAGCGCGACAUUUGUCCUCGGAUCUUUGCUGUUUGACGCACGGCAUGUAUAGCCAUGUUUGCCGAGCUGAGGCGGCCACGCUGAAGUGACAGAAACUCCGGCAGAGAGUGAAAAA